GCGGAACGCCGAAGCAGCCCGGACGCAGCGCAGCGGCGCCCGGGGCCGCUUGCGUGGCCUUUCGGAAGGGAUCUUACUCGGGGCGCGUCGUGCGGACGUGUGCGGUUGCCGACUUCCUCCUCCUCCUUUCCCUCCGUCGUGGGCGCCGCCGUGCGCCGCGCCUCGGACGCAACUGUGUGUGUGUAUGCGCGCAAGCGCGAUGCAGUGCGACGUGGGCUUCGAUCAGUGGCGCCCGGCCGCGUUGACGUCCGUAGUGCUUGGGUGUCGCGACGCUUUGCGGGGUACCUAAAGCGACGUGCGGUCGCUGUGGCCUGGGAGAGUUAGUUGGUGUGUUCUGUCGAGUGAAGGCAACGCCAACGACGGUGUCAGGAUGUCAAUAUAUUCCGAAGCAGGGUUGUGUCCUGCACUAGCCUUCCACAGAGAACACAUGUCGGACUGGAGUGGAAACUCUGGUAGACAUUACGCAUACAACAAAGCCCACAACACGAACAGUGGGGCCUGUCUCUUGUCUCGAGGAUAUCCUUUUGAGGACAUGUCCCAGUCCGGAGAUGGCUUGCACACGCCGAGCUACCUCUCAUGGCGGAAGCUGCACCUCAGCCGCGCCAAGCUCAAGGCGUCCAGCAAGACCUCCGCCCUGCUGUCCGGAUUCGCCAUGGUUGCCAUGGUGGAGGUUCAGCUGAGCAAGCCUAGUGAAGUGCCGGAAGGAAUGCUAAUAGCGUUCGCCAUUUGCACAACAAUGCUUGUGGCAGUGCAUAUGUUGGCGUUAAUGAUAAGUACUUGUAUUUUGCCAAAUAUUGAGACUAGAUUUCUUUCUACAUCCAUCCCUGUCCUCGAGGAACCCAAGGAGACCUACACCUAUCAACAAAAUUACAUCAGCUCCAAUUUAUUUGUUGUGGCAACUGGGAAUUCCCCUGAAAUGUUUGACUACGGUGACUCGAGGUUUAUUUCAGAAAAGUUGCAUGAAUUCCCCUUCCAUCUCAAAAUUACAGUUCUUGGAGCAUUCCUUCAGAGUAGUACUUGCAGAUACAUUAGUUCCAUGUCCGAGUGGUCAAGUAGCUCUGGAAGGACUGUCUUGGCGUCAGGAUAUAACAGACACCACUCUGGAAAUAACGGUUGCCUUCAUAAUAGAGGUACUAAUAACGAGGAAAAAAUGUCUCAGUCAGGAGAUGGUCUUCAUACACCAGGUUAUUUAUCAUGGCGGAAACUGCAGCUAAGUAGGGCAAAACUAAAAGCUUCCAGCAAAACAUCAGCCCUGCUCUCUGGUUUUGCCAUGGUGGCAAUGGUUGAAGUUCAACUAAAUGAUCGGUCAAAAGUUCCACAAGAAAUGUUGAUAGCUUUUGCUAUAUGCACUACCCUCCUUGUUGCUGUUCAUAUGUUGGCUUUGAUGAUAAGCACUUGCAUUCUUCCCAACAUUGAUGCUGUGUGCAAUUUACAUUCAAUUAGCUUAGUCCAUGAAUCCCCACAUGAAAGGCUUCAUUGGUACAUUGAAACUGCAUGGGCUUUCUCAACUUUGCUGGGACUUCUACUCUUUUUGUGUGAAAUAGCAAUUCUGUGUUGGGUGAAAUUUUAUGAUUUUUCCAAGUUAGCUGCAUGGUCAGCAUGUAUAGUUCUUAUACCUGUAUUGAUCAUUUUUCUAGCAUUUGCGGUGCAUUUUUAUCGAUCCCUUGUCACCCACAAGUAUGAAGUAACUGUUUCAGGAAUUAGAGAGCUUGAACUUCUCAAAGAGCAAAUCGAAGCCGGUGACACAGAAGGAAGGUCAAACGGAGUAGGUUCUUACGGUAAUGCACAAAUAGUAUAGAAAAUCAAAACUAUUGCGGAUUUUGUGCUAAAUAUUUAUUAAGAAAGAGCAGUCUUGCCAGUUACCAAAGAAUGUAUAAUAUUCUUUAAAUGCAGGGUACUAACACUUGCCUCUUUAAUCUUAGAAUUAGUUUUGUUGAAUUAUAAAUAUUUUAAUAAUUUUGUUAGAUUACUUGUGAAAGGUCUAUUAUUAUUCAUUAUCUGUGAGAAAUAGAUGUGGAUAAAAUUAAUUCCAAUACUCUAUUCAGAAAUGUAGGAUUGUACAGUCUAGUUUUUAUAUUAACUAAUAGGUACUAAAAAAAACUGAAUGUAGUUUUUUUGAAUUCUAGUUCACAGAAAGUACAACUGGUAAUGUUUGAUUUCCAGGAGUACCAGACUAUCAUUCCAAGUUUUUGGAAUUCCUUUGAAUGCCUGAUCCAAGUCAGUGUGCCUGUUUCAGCAUCUGACGGACUUACUUGAUUAAAGCAAUAUUAGUGUGAAUAGUGUAGAGAAUUAAUGGUCUUCUUAAACACAUCAUGUAAUGUUCUAUGGGUAUGCUAAAUAUAUUUGUGAGGAUAAUGCAAUUUUUCGCACUUUUCAUGUUGAUGUUUGGAUGAUCUUUUUUUUGUUUAUAACUUAAGCUAUGAGCAAUGUGACUUUUGCAGUUACAUAUAUCUUUGCUUGAUGUCAUUGUUUUAAGAACCUUUUAAUUCAUUUUAUGAAAAGUAAAAUAACUUAUUUUUAAAUUCUCUACUGGAUCAGAAGUUACCAGUCUUCAUUUUUUGAAACGACAAUCUUGGAGACAUGUGUAUUAGAAAAAGAAUCUUGUUUCUUGACAGCUGAGACCGGGAAAUAUAAAAGGAAAUUUGGAAGCUGGAAAUACUGAGAAAAAUUUUUCUAAAAUGCUAAUGGAAAAAAAGAACUACUAUUUUCCCCUGUUAUCACAGGAACUUGAAAUAAAAUGCUAGGAUGUUAUCAGACAACUUAUUGCAAUAUCUAUGGAGAAUUCUCUCUGAGAAACAAAGAAGUCUGCUUUUCUGAAUUAAUUGGAAAAGUCAUGUUGCCAUUUGUUGUGAAAUGGAGAGAAACAAUCCCUCUAAAGGACAUGUCGGUAAUCUAUUUACACUGUUAUGCGCCUGCAUAACAGUUUUAUUUUCUUUGUUUUUUAAUGACCUUUGCAUAUUAUUAUUUUUUCUCCCCCAGGAAAAUUGAGAAAAAUCUCUACUCUUCACACAUUGGUUCUUACUAUUCAUUGUUUAAACUUUUAAACUAUUCUGUGUACAAUGAAAAUGUACCGAUUUUUUCCAAUCCUUGUUAUUUUUUUGAGAUCAGUAGAUAUGAUACGCUCACAGUACACUAUGGUUGUAUCAUAAUUCGAAUGUUUAGAGUUUCAGGUACUCUGCAAUUCAGAAUGAAAAUUCAAUUUAUUAAUUUGUUUUGUACGUUUUAGAGAGGAAAAGCUGUUAAUAUUCAAUUUCUAAUUAGGCGCAGUAAAUUUACAAUGUGAUAAAAUCAGUUGUUAUGAAUAUUAAGUACUAACUUAAUGCUUAAAUAUUUAGCAAUAUGAUUUGAUCUUAAUAUGCCAUGAUUCAGGGUGGGUGAACUCUUUUUUCUCUCCGUUUCUACCUUUCUUUCGUGAUUUUGUUUCCAACUCUUCUUUGCCUUAUACCAGGGGUCUUCAACCUGGAACACCUUUAUGAACCCUUUGAGCUCAUGGUUUUCUUGAAGGGACCUCAUUUUUAAGUAGCCGACAAAAUAGUUUAUCAAAGCAUUUUUUUACUCAAAUUUUGAAAAUUAUUUAAACUGACAAAAAUAUAUAUGUAUAAUAGUGAUUGUCUUAAAUAUUUAUAAUUUAACACUGGUAUCCUUUUUCUUUUUGGACAACCACUAUACAUAAUUUUCAGAAAAAUGUUUUAUUUUUCACUUAUUGUGAAACACAUUAUUUCGAAUAAUGUAGUUUUAAGAAUCAUCAGGUGUAAUAAACAUUAUGUAUAUGAAUUCAUGAAAAUGAAAAAAAAUCUUUAUUCUUAUGUAUUUUGGUUUUAUCCAUAUUUUUUGAAUUGAUUGAUCAAUCUUUUAUGUUUGUACAAUCUAUUGCCUUUUUAUAUGCUGCAGUUUAUAUUAAUAUUGUAAUUUUUACUUAAAUAUUAUAUUAAUUUAAUAUUUUAGUAAGGUGGUCCACUACCCCAUUCUUAGAUGAAAAAGUCUUGUGUAGAUGAUUUCCAUUUUGUAUGUUUUGGCUGAGCAAAUAGUGAUCAGUUGUGGAAUCCCUGUAACAUUCCAGGGAACCCUAGGGUUCCAAGGAAACUUUGGGUUGAAGACCCCUGCCUAUAUGAAUUGGUAAACAAUCGAAAUAGUAUAUUUUGUAAAGAACUUUCUGCAGUUUUUUUUAUCUCCAAAAUGUUGCUGCUAUUUCAUAAGAUGGAAAGAAUAUUUGCAUAAAGUGAGUACAUAGAAUCUUCCCUAAUCUCAAUGUCUUAAGCGUUUGUUGAAUAUAAAUAAGAUUCACUACACCAGCACCAGAGAUAAUGCAAAGUUGAAUAAAAAUUUAUUUCAAAAGAAAUCUGAUGCAGAUUAUAUUUCUCACAUUGGGAAGACACAAAAUUUUUUACACAUUUACUUAUUGUGCGAAGAGAAAAUUAACAUCUUACAGUUUCAUGUGUGUUUAUUGAGAGAGAAAAUAUUGAUUUUUCCAUGUCUCCAAGACUCAUAUUUAGACUCGUGGCAUUAUAAAGAUGAAAUAAACUCUAUUCAUUUUAACAAUAUUUCCAUUAAAAUAACUAACGCAAUAGGGAAUGUUUUGAAAGUCAAUGCUGUUGGGUUGUAUAUGAAAGAAAUUAUCUCCAGUUGCAUUUCUUACUUCAGUGGACAAAGUGUUUAAAAGGGAAAAGUUGGUAUUUUUGUGUUUCCACUAGGUUUGAAUCUCAAAAAUUGAGAAUCGUAAGAAUGUAUUAAACUUUAAAACCUAAUUAAUAUUGAUUCAUGGUUAGAAAUAAAUGAUGCUUUUAAUAAAUUGUGCAAUUUAGAAACUAUUAGGGUUUUUAAAUAGUUUGUGAAUUUCUUGUGAUAAGUGUUAAUUAUUUGCUCAACAAAGAGGGAAAAUUACUUCCAUUGCUUACCUGUAAGCAAUUCCACGCUCAUGGUGCAGCAUUUUUUAAGAAUUUAUUAUGAUUAAUAAGUCUAUUUCCAGUUUUUUAUGUCUUGAGGGACCAAUUUAAUAUACUUUUAUAUUGAAAAAGUAAAUUAGUUAAUAGAUCUAAAUAAUUCAUUAAUGUAGGAUGUUUUAGAGAUCCAAAUAAUAGCAUUUAUUAUUGUUUGCCGUAGAAAAUGUUUUACUAUCUAGAAACAAGUGAAAAAUUUAUCGUAUUUAGUUGUCAGUGCAUGUGUUCUGAAGAGGUGACAACAAAACAAACAGUUAAUGAACUUUGUUACAAAAUAGUUUUCAUUUGUAUGACAGUUGGGUGUAUAAUUGUGAGAAGAUAAUAAUUAUCUUACCUGAAUGAAACCUAAAGUUAAAAAAAGUAGGAGAACAGUUGAAAUUGUUUAGAAAGGGGAAGUUUUAAAUUCUUACACAUGAGCCUUCUUUAUUGAGGAGGCAAUUUAUUUCGGUGGGUUACUUCCUUUCAAUAGACUGUGUGUGUCUGCUGCAACCAUUGCAAUUCCUUUCUCAAUAUAUAGCCGUUUCUGUUCUUCCUCUGCACUCGGGCACAGUCUUGCAUAAUUCACAGGACACCGGGUAAAAAUUGUUGCUUCCAGUGGCAAUUUGGGUAUGCGACACAAGAGCUUUGUGAAAGCUGAAUGACAGUUAUUGAUGUUCAGAAAUACGAGAGGAUGGCCAGUCAUGUGGAGUCUUCUAAGAUGACCUUGCUGUACCUAAAUUUUCUGCAACUAGACUGAUUAAUGUAUUGUAAUUUAAUAUAACUAUGUUGUUUCUGAAUUAUGACACUGGGAUCUAGAGGGAGGUAAAGAAAUGGGUUUAAUGCUGUUAAAUUCACUGAGGACCUACAGGUACCUAAUUGCUACAUUUAAUUUAUCCACAGUUUUGGAUUUAACCAUUAAAUUAGCUAGUUUUUAAAAGUUGAUAUUAACCAUGACAUAGGGCAUUAUUAAUUAUAUCAUUUCAAAAAGUUGAAAUAUAUUGAUCCAUAAGUGAUUUAUAAAGGAAGACUAAGAAAUAUUUCUAAUGUUCAGGAGAAAUUUUCAGAAUAUCUACCUGCUGAUGAAUUCUGACUCUGAUGUUAAAACUUUACUUGGCCCUGUAUACUUUAUCUGUAAAUCAUAAAAUAAGUAGUGGAUAAUGGUAGAUUUGAACUUUCAUCUGGUUCUAUGAAGUUUACGUGUUUUUCUUUUUUAAUAGUAUUUUUGUGUUGUAAUAAAUAUAAUUUUGAUAAAGAUUUCAAACUUAUUUACAUGUUCUAAACAUGACCUACUUAUUUCUUAACGAGUAAUUGAAUUUUGGUUGUGACGUAAUCGUGUCAACUGUUAAGUAUUGAAUGUGAAAAAUGUCUUCUUUUCUGGUGUCUCAAUUAAUUCAUUCAAAAAAUUCAAUAAAAUCAGAGUUUUCACUGUCAUAUUCAAUUGUUUACAGCUAGGGUUGAGUGCUUUCUAAAAUGGGAACACAUUCGCUAAUUCUGUGUGCAUAUUGCCUUCGAAAUAACCAUCAAAUGAUGAUAACAGGCUAGAUACUUUUUCACAUUUGAUACUUAACAGUUGACAUGACAAAGUGUGGGAACAUUCUCUUCUGUUGUCUGCAAUGAUUUUUUGAUUAAUUGUUUGAACAUAAACAACUUCUAACGAAGUUCCAGGAUUUACUUUUCUCAGUAACAUUUUAAUUUUUCCUUUCUCUGGUACUACUGCCCUAUUACAUAUUAGGGAUGCCAUUAAAAUAGCCAGACCUAAGGGAGGGAUAGUGAUGGUUUCUCACAUCCCAAACAUUUGAAGGUUUUUAAAUAUAAUUUUAAAUUAGAUAAUCGUGUUUUGAAUUGCUCCCAUAUUAUGUGGAUUAUGAUAUAUGUGAAUAUUGUAAUAUAAACUAAUUUUGAAGUGUUUUUAAGAGUGUUUAAUUCUCAUUGUUUACUUACUAUUAGUGUUUAUAAAUGGGAUUUUUGCAAAAUUAUCUUCCUCCCUCCCUGAGAUUUGCUGUGGUGAGGCUGUUCACUGUCCAAGCUACGAGCUUGGAUUUACAUGCAGUUUCAUUGGCCCAAUAUGCCUUCUGUGCAAUUGAACCUCUUGCUUGUGGGUUUGUCUAGUCUUCAAUCUUGCCAAAAUUAUUACUCUUUUUUCCAUCACAUUUAAUUGUUGAUGCAAUACAUUUUUUCUAUUAAAGUUUCAUGGUCUUUUUGUAUGAUGCAUAUUUCACUUGUUAAAAAUUAUUAAUUUCUGAUUAGACUUUACAGUUUUGUAGUAUUUGAAAAUAUUUGUAAAAUGCUAUAUUAGCUACUGGUUUAACUACUUGUUUUAAAACUUAAUCUGUAUCAUCUACUCUAGGAAUGAACUAUGGAACAGAAUAACAUUGUAUUCCUGUAAUUUUUAAAGGACAUUCUUUACCCUGGUAAUAACAGUAGUAUAAGAAGUGAAUGAUCUGAUGAAGUUAGCUGCAAGAAUGCAGAAUCUGAUCUACUGUUAUUAAAGAAUUAUGGAUAUUUUUUUGUGUUUACGAGCAUACUAGUUACGUAUUCCGUCCAUUGAUAUUUUUAAUGUAGAAUGUACUUACUGAUUAUAAACAACAUUUUUUUUUUUUUAAAAAACCAAAGUUUAUUUUGUAUCUCAUGUUACUUUGAACUAAAACACUAAUUUCAG